AUCUGUUUUUUUGAGGCGGAGCAUGAAGAUUCUGUGUUUUCCACGGUAUAACUUGAGAAAACGCAGUCUCUCAACUCAUUCUCUCUUUCUUCUCUGUGAUAAAAGUAAGAUCUUAAAAAAAUAGAAAAGCAAAUGGCCGCGUCGGGGGCAGGUGUGCCGAUGAGAAGAGAGGUUCUUCAGCUUUACCGUUCACUGCUGCGAGUGGCGCGUCAGUUCUGCGACUACAACAUAAGGGAGUACUCUAAACGUCGGACCAUGGAUGCGUUUCGAGACAACAAGAACUUACGCGACCCUUCUCAGCUGUCCGCCGCUUUCUCCCACGGUAAAGCUCAGUUGGAAGUUGCCAAAAGACAAUCUCUCCUCUAUUCCCUCUAUCCUCCAAAGGUCAAAAGCAUCAUGGAUUUUUAAACCCUCUUCUUAACCAUAUACAUACUUAUAUCACUAUUUCUAGCUCCUUAAGAAAAGAAUAAACUUUGAUUUAUUGAGAGAAUAAAUUGAGUUCUUUUAGCGCAUGAUUUUAUUUUUUUAUUUUUAUAGUUAUGUAAUAAACAGUCUGGGAUGACAUGUGGGGUUCUCUUUUUAUUUUAUGCUUUUCCUUCUUGUUGUUGAA